UGUGUAUUGUGCUAUGUGAUGUGAGGUACUUGGCCAACCUGGUCAAAGUAAAUUCCAAACUUAUUAUGUCAUAAGUGAAAGGGGUCAUUUAUGUCCAAGGAGACAUUAAGAGAGGCAGCUAUGUCUCCUCCCCUGCCACAGUCGGCCACAUUGGACGGCCUCCCAAAACCAUUUGUUGGGGCUCUUCGUACAUUGUUUGACAUUAUGGAUGACAAAGGAGCUGGUUUUGUUAAAUUUUCAGAAAUCGAAAGACGCUGGCAGGAUGAUGGGACGAAAGGUUUGCCAAAAGGAGUGAUUGAGAGUCUAAGGAAGGUGACACCACCAAACGGCCUACUGUCAUUCGAGAGAUUUUGCGCUGGGCUCAAGAUUUGCCUUUUGCGCAACCAAGUGGAGAGCAGACAAAACAGACAGAACAGCGACACACAGCCAAUCCAACCUGCCAGACCUCCAUCUGCUCCUAUCUUGGACACUGACAAGCCGCAGUGGAACUCCUCCAACACAGCAACGGUUCGGCCCAACAAUGCGAUGCCUCAACAGAGGACGCUAAGUAUGCCUCAGUUGCCUGGUGACGGUGGAGGUGGUGGUGGGGGGGUCAAGCCAGUAGCGCCACUAUACGGACCUCCCAAGCCCCCUCGCACUGGCGCCGGCCUGGCCCCGCUCCCUGCUCCCGUCAAGGACAAGGCAGAGAUACGCUCAGCACUGCACAACUGGCAGCUCGGCCUACUGAUGGGUGACACCAGACGCAGUGUUGGAGAUGGUAAACCUGCAGCCGUAGCAGAACCUCAGCCUCAACCGCACAAAAAGACGAGCAACAGACGACGGGAGCCUCGCAGACACACCUUGCAAAACGGCAUCGACUACAACAUGCUGAAGCGUAUGAAGGCUAUAGAGCAAGAGAAGGAGAUCCUGAUGAUGGGACUUGCCGCUGUGGAGAAGGCAAGAGACUGGUACCUCAAGCAGGUGGCCGUCGUCAAUGACAAGAUGAAGUAUCUUGGCCGCAUGCCCAACAGCAUGGAUCACUGGAGUGAAGCACAUCAUGAGAGGUUGGAGCUACAGAGAGCUCGAGUGUUGGAGGUUAACAGACACUUGGCUGUGUUGACUGAGAGUGGAGGUCUGCCUUUACAUAUGAACCUGGCUGUGGCUCACCCUCCCCUGCCUACACACCUCACUCGGCUCAAGCAGCAGAACGUACUGCUCACAGAGGAGGUUGGAAAGAAGAGCGAGCGCAUCUCAGUUUUGGAGCGUGAGAAGGCUGCGUUGCUGCGUGAGUUGUACCAAGGACAGGGACGAGCGCCGCUGCGUCGUAGUGAUGCCAAGCCUGAUGCUGCAGCCUUCAUGUGACCAUCACAUUCAACUAGCUUAGUUGGAUAUUAACAGUGCUUCAAUCAUAGGGUCUUAUUAGUUUACCAUUCUCUUAGCAUUUUACAAUACCAUAACCUUUAGUAACUACUGUUCUGUACUUGUGUGCUAUAUCACUGACUUUUAAAUGCUGAAGUGGACAUCCGAAUAAGGACCAGUUUUUGCCAAUUUUUUUGUUCAAAUAGAACUCAUUUGAAUGAGCCUCUAACAGAGUUAACAAUAAAUUGUCCUUUCAGUUUGGCUUAGUUAAACAUAUUGUGUAUUCAAAAGAAAUCACUAAUUGACUUUAGAACACUAUCGGUGGCUCUAUUUGAAAUACGUCAACUUUUAUUAUAAAACUGGCAACAGCUUUAACGCAGGAAUGGGAGUUCUACUCCCGUAAAUAGUUGAAGUUUAUACUUCUUAAAACUAUAUUUGGUGCCAAUUUCCAACCUAUGUAUAUAUUUCCUCUUACUCAUAAAAUACCGUCCAUUCAUGAAAAUACAUGUAAUACAAUUGAUUCUCUGUUGCCUAAGAGCAAAAUAAUUUAUUUAUGAUGAAUCAAUUAAAAUUAUUAACAGGAUUUAAAACUUUAGACAUCAUUUAUUCUUUAUUAAAUAAUUUCAUGGUGACAAACUUACAUUUUCUCAAGUUUAUUAUUAAAUGAUAUGGUGCUUUGGUUAUUGGCUGUUAAACAGCCAUACUAUAGUAAAUUCAUCAGUUAACUAGUUUAGUAUGAGUGGUAAUUUGGGUUUUCCUUUACAACAUAGGAAAGGAAAUUUCUGUGUUGACACUAAUUUAAAAAUUGAAUCAAUUACAUUGAAAUACUAUGGUGUCUUAAAAUAUUAGCUUCUUUGCAAUUUGCUAAGCUCUGUGUUAUUUACAUGCAAGCCUGUUCGGAAUUUUUAUUUUAAUAGUGAUGAUAUCUCUUUGUCCCAUAGCGCAUCACAUUCAAACCGCGGGCCUGGGCAUGUUGGUAUGUCUUACUUACUCAUAUUUUUAAUAUUUUUGUAUAUAAAGUCUGCAUAUGUAACUUUAUUUUGUAUAUAAAGCAUUGGUACUUAAUACUGGUACUUAAACUAAAUUGGUAUUUAUACAUCUAUUUAACCAAUGUGACUUUGUGAUAUUUUAAGUAAGAUGUAUCCAAUCAUGUUUUAGAUAGGCCUACAUAUUUAAAAAAAAAAUGUAUUACAGAUCCCUGCUGGGAUUUAAAGGAUAAAUAAUUAGUAGUAAAAAAUAAUGUGCCAAACAAUAAUUAUGACUAUGACAUUUUGUACAAAAUUAUUUAUUUAUUUAGUAAAAAAAAACUUUACUACAGUAUCAUAAUAAUAUGUCAAGUGACAUUAACACGAUUUGUAUUCUGAGCAUAUCUGUGAGGAGCAAAUUCAAUUCAAACAUGUCUACGAAGGCCGUCCAAAGUAAUCCCCGGGCAGUGAUUCCAAACAAAAAAUUUCUUAACUAAAAACAGGUUAUCAUUAUAUAAGAGUUUUAAACAUCCCUAAAAACAAUAAUACCCCCGCCGCAACAAACCUGCAGACUAAGUGAAUUUCCAUUUGCCUGAUUAGAUUUACACUAAAAUGUCUCAUAUCAGGGAAUAAAAAUAUCAAAUUUUUAUUCGGUCCCUAGUUUAACGAGUAGGUCCUGGGUUUAGAUCUCAAUUUACAGUUGUAGUAAAAACAAAAUUGACAUCGUAGGCCUGUGUUGAGAAUAAGAAAUACUGCGGAUGUCACUGUAUUAUAUAUUAUUUUGGGUAGCUGUGAAUAGAAGUACAAAAUAUAUCAAAUAAAAAUGCUGUCUAAUGUACUUUUAUUAAUCCAGAUGGAGGUCUUAAAAAUUGUAGUUGUGUAUACUGUUAAUUGAGCUUGAUACAUUAUUGCAUUGAAUUCCUUUGUACUAAAAACCCUUUCUUAGCAAUAUGGAAUUGCCCCUAAACAUAUGAAUUUUACUGAACUUCAGGGGCACUCCCAUGUUGCUAAGGGUGCACAUGAAAAGAGCCCAAAAACUCAGGCAGACGCUUGAAAAGCGCCCGGACCUCCAAGGUCCCUCCCAGGACGGUGCGAAAAGAGCCCGGGCUCUUCCUAGAACUUCUUCAAAGGAGAAAGAACCAAUAACACAGUUGAAAUACAUGUAUACAAAUAUUAAAAGAUACACUUUAAAAAAUUACAUGAUUAAAAUAUAGAUUAUUAAAAGAUAUUUACAUUACUAAAAGAUAGUCUAUUUACCUAACCUAACCUAACCAAACCUAACUUAACCUAACCUAACCCAACAAAACACAACACUAUUUCAGAACACGAGUCGACGUCCUCCUCCUCAGGUACCUGUGGAGACCCGGGUUCUUUCCAUGCUUAAGAUUAGUGAACCUUUUUGGGGAUUAAAAUUUCGGGCUCUUUUCAUGUGCUCCAGUUGCUAAUGGUAUGAGAUUUAAUGUCUGAUUGUAUUCGAUUGUUCGUUGAUGUCUUCCAACAUUAAUAUAUUGUACAACCUUGCUAAUCUGGCACUUGCAAUACUGUAAUUCUGUGUCAGUCUAUGUUUGAUAAGUUUAUCAUACAAUUAACUAUCCACAUAUGUAUAUUUUGAUACCACCUUUAUACCCAAACCAAGCCUUGUUUAGGGGAAUAAGUUUUAUUGAAACUGGUUGUUGUUUUUUUAAACUCUAGUAGUAAGUGUGUCUUACUUAAAAUGUUGCUGUGUUAAACUCAAUUUACAUUCCUAUUUGUAUUUGUCAGAUACUGUUAGUUCUUUCAUAACUGUUCAUUUUAGUACAUUUAUAUUUUGUGUUUGGUAAGUUUUAAAUGUAUUUCCUUUUUAUAUGUUUUAACUUAGUUUGGUGCCUUUUUUACAUUUUAAGCAUCUUAUGUAUAUCAAUAUUGUUAGCUUUGUUGUUAGAUUUUUAGAAUAUUUUAAAAACUUAAAAGAUUCUCAAAACAUAGUAUAUGAUGAUUGUGAUAUUUUUAGUCAAUUUGUGCUUGUAUACAAAAGUCAGUGUUGUUUGCACCUUUUAAAACAAUUAUUUGCCAUUCUUGUUGUGCUUAAAUCUUGUUUAAAUAGUUUUUAAUUUUUGUUCCAUUAAAUAUUUCUAAGUUGCUGAAUUAGUUUGUGUUUGUGUGCAGCACACUGGCUUAUACUGGGUGUGGUUGCUGAAGUUUCUGCUAAAAAUCAAUUUAUCCAGUUUUGUUUUGUUUAGUGUAUGUUAUCAUGAAACGCACUAUUGUUAUAUAAUAACUAGCUGAUCCGGCGAACUUCGUAUCGCCUAAGUUAUAGGUUUCCCCUAAGACAGACCGAUGGAAAGAAAGUACCGUUACGUUUAAUU